CGUUUCUCAGAGACAGAUUAUCAUUGUCUUCGUCUUGGGAUCCUCAUCCUCGUCGGCCUCCUUGCUUGUCCCUAACUCCCACCACCUCGUCAUCUAGCUUCAUCCUCGUCGGCCCUGUCCCUGCAAGCACGUAGAGACGCUGCACGCGAGUGGACUUGUCAACGCAACUCGACUGCUACUUAUCAUCGCAGAUCGCCGUUUGUCGUCCUGGGUGUCGGAAUCUUGGAUCCAGAACAUCGUGUGUGUGUGUGUGUGCGCCGCGUGUGGUUGCGAACAGCCCGACGACUGACCGGGUUGGGCUUUGAUAGAUCGAUUAUACGGAACGAAGCACACAAUAACAACAACAACACCAACACACAUACAUACACAAUGCUUCAGCACUUCCCGUCGACGUACUCGGGGCAGCAACAUCACCCUCAUCCUCAUCAACAUCAUCACCACCGUCACCAUACACAGCAGCAUUCACAGCACCAGCAUUACUCGGAAGCAGCGCUGGCAUCCUCGUUGUAUGGGACAAGUCCAACGGGGUCAGUGCAGCAGAAUAAUAGCAGAGGAGGAGGAGGAGGAUUAGCGUUUCGGGGGGCCACCACCACUAAUCCCGCAGAGCUUCCCGGCGCGUCUCAUGCCCAUUCAGCGGCAGCUUUAGGCGCCCGCACUCACGGUCAAACCGCCCAAACCGCCCAAACUCUGCCUCACUCGCUGCCCCAUCAUCACCAGCAGCAGCAGCACCAACAGCACCAGCAGCAACAGCCCCCGCAGCAGCACCACCACCACUACGGGCAGCAACAGCAGCAACAGCAGCAGCACCACCACCACCACCUCAACACCACCGCCCUCCUCCCUCAUCAUCUUCAGCAUCCCGCCCCACCCUCCUCCCUCUCUCUCCCCUCUUCUUCCGCCCUCGUCCCCCACUUCAACUCUCAAUCCCACCAGCUCCUCCAUCUUCAUCACCAGCACCACCACAACAACAACCUCGACCACAGCCGCUCUCUCUCACAUGCUGUUGACACCAUGGCCGACGACCAGCAGCAGCAGCAGCAGUACUCUGAGCAGGAUCUUGCCAAUCUUCAGAAGCUCUCUGCUCAGUAUGAGCCUGAGAUCACGGUGCGUUCUGCUUCUUCCACGUCCUAACCCUUCAUCGCUACCAUGCCACCAUCGUCGUUGAAGCUGACUUUCUACCUUUGUAGGGGCCAAUGGUGAGCAAGAGACUGUCCACCACGUCCAUCACCUCCGAAUAUGCCAAU